GUAAUUAAUUCAGUAUGGGCAUAUACAUAACGCGGUUCGAAUGUGUGCUUGGCGUAGACAACAAUCAAAAUGUGGUACAAAAUAUUUAUAUUCACAAUAGUAUGUGUGCUCACGUAUAUACUGAAGAAGUUACAUGAUACUGGACCAAAUAGAGUCAAGUUUUAUUUUAAUUUCUUCUUAUUUUAUUUCUUGUCGUCGAUGUUAGCGGCUGUUAUUUGGCCCUACUUUCUGCUCAGCCCCAGAAAUGUGAGGAAUGCCAAAAUAGCAGUGAGACUACUGAAGCACAUAACCAAGUUAUAUGACUUGAAAUGGCAUCUGCGAGAUAGGAAGAUUUUAGCCGAGGACCGGGGAGCAGUCAUCAUCUCAAAUCAUCAGAGCUCUCUUGACAUUUUAGGAAUGUUCAAUAUAUGGGAAGUAGUGGACAAAUUGGCAGCGAUCGCGAAGAAAGAGUUGUUCUACGUAUGGCCGUUUGGUCUUUCCGCGUACCUGGCCGGUGUCGUGUACAUUGACCGACGUAACGCGAAAGGAGCCUACAAACAAUUGAAAGUUACCUCGGAGGUCAUGGUAAAAAACAAGACGAAGAUUUGGCUGUUCCCUGAAGGAACAAGAAACAAAGAUUACACAAAGCUACAGCCUUUCAAGAAAGGCGCAUUCAACAUCGCGGUUGCCGCUCAAGUGCCGAUCAUACCUGUUGUGUUCUCGCCCUACUAUUUCAUAAAUAAGGAGAAAUAUAUUUUCAAUAAAGGUCACGUUAUAAUUCAGUGCCUGGAACCCGUGCCCACCGUUGGUCUCACAAUGGAAGACGUACCUGAUCUGAUCGACAGGGUCCACCAUAAAAUGAGUGUAGCUUACCAGGAGAUAUCCAAAGAAGUCUUCAGCUCGCUACCAUCUGACUAUCCAGUUACUCUCAAAGGGUAACACCAUGACUGUAUAUUAGUUACUUUGACUUUGACUGUAUAUUAGUAGGUUAGGGUUACUUUAAUUUAUAUUUUAAGCUAAGAUGUUUUAUAAAUAUUUUAAACUUG